AGGUGUGCGGGGUGUGUGGGGUGAGCAGGAUGUGCAGGAGGGGCAGGGCUCGAUGAGCCUUCAUGCAGGUCCUGCUUUGGGGCGUUGUGCAUGUGCUGGCCCUUCCUGAAGCUGAAAGCUUGGAUUUCCUCUUUAUCAGAGCUUUUUCUUUAUGCUUAGAUGAAAACCCGCAUUUCUGUGCCCGAGGCGUUGGUUGCGCAUCAGUUGCAUCCGAGUCCCAGAGCGGAGCGGUUUCCUUUUUGCUGCCUGGUACCCCAGGGUGCCCGGCGUGGGUCCCACAGCCUUGCCCCUGGUGGUGUUCAUCGGGGAUGGUGCUGGCCCCAGUGCGGAGGACAGGAUGGGCAGUGCUAUGGCAGUGGUGAAAAGCAGGUGGCCUUUCUUGGCCAGGAACAGCCCAGCUGCUGCUUGCAGAGCGUGGUGUGGCCAAAACAUGCAAGAGGGACUUCGAUGCAGUAAAGAAAGCCAGCAAAUCCUGCCUGCUGCCACAGGCUCUGCUCCGCUGGUGUUCUGUGCGAGUCUGUGAGCUGUGACGGACUCGGGGAUCUGGCACGGCUGCCCUGUGGUACAAGGGGUGCGCACAGCCAGCACAGCAGCACCUGCCCUUCCAGCGGCUCUGCCGUGGUGGCUGGGAUCUGUUUGAAAGAAAGAUCGGAUCAGUAGAAAUGAAUUCUAGUUUUCUGUCCUUGCAGAAUGCUGACCCCUUCGCUGAGGCUUGGUGCAGUAUGGCUUUUGGCCUAGUAGUGCAACAAUCCCUAUGCUUUUUAGUGGGCUUUAAAAUGAAAAUGUUUUGCAGUGACAGAAGGCGGUGUUAAUGGCAGGUAAAGAGCGUUUCUGUGUUGCAUCCUAGCAAAACAGCAUCCUGCUAAAUUUUCCUUGUGAGCACUGUUGCCCCUCAGACCCGAGCUCCAAGCUGUGCAUCAAAACUGCCCUUUUUGCUGGUGUUUUCCUUUGAACAGCAGCGUAGAGAUAGGCAUGAGUUCUAAUCCUUACUACAAGCUGAUGCUAGGCUUUUGCCCUCUAGCUGUGACUGUUUUUUGUGAACACCAGGGUGAAGAAUAGAGUGGGCUCCAUAAUCUUUGUUUUGGCCACGUGUGUUUAAACAUUAAGGAUAGAUGUAAGCUGCUGUGUUGUGCAGGGUGUUCCUUGGCACAAAACCCCAUGGGUUUGUGAAUGUUCUCAGCCGGACAAGGUGUUUAAACAAAUGCUGACUUUGGGCUAAAUUCAUCCUUGAUGCAACAACUUAAAGCACAAGGAAGGAGUAUUUUUUUUGUUUUGCUUUGUUUUGUUUCAGCCAGCUGCCAGUUCUCCAUCUCAUGUUAACGGAGGUCUGGCUUUGACAAAGGCAGUGCCGAGAGGAACCUGGCGUGUCCCUGCUCGCAAGAUGCACAGCCAACUCUGGCACCUGGGCGGCUGUGCGACUGAUGCACAGCAGAACUGAGCUGAACCUGCCUGGUGUUGCGCUGCGGUGAGGAUGCCUGAGGCAGCCCCAGCUGGUGUGGUGGUGGAGCAGAGCCCCACAUGCUUACUUGCAGCUGAGGUAGUCCCAGUGACUCUUAAUUCAUCAGCAGUGCCAUGACGACUUGUGGUGUGCAUCCUUGCUUCUGCUGCAGCCACCCUGGGCACAGGGAGGCAGAGAGUGCCCUGUGCUAAGUAACUUUUUAUUAAGAAUUGUCACAUCCUUGAAAACUGGAUUGGUUUUAUGGGUAGGGUAGGACUGGAGAACAUAUGUUGCACUUCUAACAAGUUUUUCCUGUUUGCUGAAAGCCUGUAAAGACAACAUUGGGCUUGCUGAAGUCACCAGGCUUCUGCACAGGAUCUCAGUGGGGUCAGCCACUUGUCUUCAGUGUCCAUCUCAUGAGGAAAUGACCGAUAACGUGAAUCUCUAAAAGAUGUGGUAGCAUGUUUUUGUUUUAAUUGAUUGACUGUUUUUUUCUGAUGCUUGAUGGCUCAGUACAAAAUGGAAUUGGAUCCCUGUAGUGGUGCCAUGCCCUGUUCUGAAAAUCAAACUGUCAUGUAUGUGAAAUUCUUUUACAAAGGAAAACCCCAAAAUAUCCCCACUAGCCAGAACUUUGAACAGUAAAUAUAGACAAAGAUGCUUAGUCUGGAGUCUUUCUGUUUCUCUUUGGUUUCUGUUAAUCAUCUACAGCUAUGAUUUUUUUGCCCUAGAGUAGGACUGUGCAAAGAUGUAUUUAAGGUUUUCCUUAAAAACCGCCAAAAACCAAAAAGGCAAAAAAGUCUUUUUUUUUUUUUUCCCCUCUCACCCUGCUGCAGAAAUCCUGAGCUAUAUAUCUGGCAAGCUUGGGCAGUCAAAUUUGCUAACCAUGUAGUUUAGACUGCCACACUAUGGCUAACCAAUGGAUGUGCUCUGAAAUACUCAUUUGAAAAUUCCAGACUCACAUGGAAAAGUGGAAGCAGGGCCACCUUUUGCUGAUUUUCUUGAGUGUUUGGCAAUUAAAGGUGAGAGGAGAAGCAGAGUUAAUGCUUUUUCAUUGUGAAAGAUUUGAACCAAAAUAGAAGUGCAAAUGGAAAUUGUAUUCUGUAGUAUACUUUCAUAUGACUUGAGGAGGGCAGUUGGAGGUGAAUAGUGAGGUUAAUUAUGACAGCCAGAAGCGCAGAGCAGAAAGGUUAAAAUAAUCCUCAUUUGUGUGUGGCAGCAAAGUGCAUCACAUGCUUUUAACCGGGAAUUUGAUAUGAUUGAAAAAAUAAUUGCCAUAGUUACUCAUAAAUGCUGUCGUUAAGAAUUGACUUCAGGCCUCCUGCUCUUGUUCUUUCUGUUGUGACUCUGCAGGUUGAACCUUUGAAUGUUGUUGUGCUGCAAAAUAGGGUGGGAAGGUGCAACCAGACGUGCUCUCAAGAGGACGCCAAAGCAGUCAGGGUUCUUCAAGGGCGUGUUUGUGCCACCAAGACCAUGUGUUGCCUCGACUGGGGCGCUUUGUGUAUCAGCUGCAACGUAUGAGGAUGGAGCAGAGAAGCCACUCAAGGCUGUGGAAAGUGUCACUGUGGGCUUGUGCAUCUCUCAGGUUAUGAGGUUAGGUUUAAAACAUCCCUGCACUCUGCAGCGGAAUUACACCCAGCUUCUCUAGAAACAUGCUCUUAUACGUCCUCCGGUUUCAUUACGUAGAAUCAGUGAGAGAUAGGUGGUAAUCAGGUGGAUAGCCUGCUACAGAUAUUGGGGUAUAUGUUCUUGUAUGUCAGUUCAGAAAUAUGCUAGAGAAAAUAUUCUGCCUUUGCCACAUGUUUCUAGAGAAAAUGGUUGGUGCGGGAGGAUGGGCACUGGCAGAGGUCUUGAGGAAUGUAUUGGAUGGGUCGGAAGGAUGGUGCUUUGCCAAGUAAGCCUUUCGGGCAUCUGCAACAUAGAUGAGGAAAAAUCCUGGUGGAAGUAGGGGCAUUAACUUCCGUCAUACCUGCCUGAUGUGCCUGGGCUCGUGUGGCCAGUCCCCAGGCAGAGCUGCAGAAAGCCAGGCUUUUUGGGCAUUUGUGGCGUAUGGAGCCAAGGGGAGUGUCGUCCCGUGUCAGGGGCCUGAGCCUGCUAGAAUGGGCAGCAGGUUCUGCUGGCGUGGCCUUUAGGUUAGCACAGGUGAUGUUUUAAAGUGAGCCUGUGAACUGUAAAUCAAACAUGACAAAUUGAUUUGUAUUUGAAAUAAUUGUAUCUGAAAGGCUUUUGUAUUUAUUGAUCUGUAUCACAGCAGGUAAUCCGUGCAGUAGGUUUGCUAGGCUUUAUUUAUUUACAUUUAUUCACUAUUACCACUUUCCCAAACCAAUAACAAAGUGGAGGAAUCUGGAAAGGUUUAGCUGAUUUUGCAGUGUCACUGCUUCAUUUCCUUGCAGUUAAAAAAGAAAGAAUCAGAAUAUUUUUGAAUUCAAAUAUUAUUAUUUUUCGCAAGACUUUGAGGCUGUGAUUUUGAUUUAUGUGGGCUCCAUUUGAUCUUGCAUGUAAAACCAGCCCUUCAUUGCUUUGAAAUACGUCAUUUUUAUACAAAUCAUUAUGUGUAACCUGCAGUGAUUCCUCUCUGCUUCUAAACACUCUGCUGCUUUUAGAGGCCUGCUAUUUCCCUCAAAUAACUUCUAAGAAACAUUGCUGUGGUUAGGAACUGCUGCUUUUGAUAAAUGAGCGUACAUGUUCUAGUUUGGAAAGGUAUGUGCAGUUCUUAAUUCCUUGGAUUCAGAAUAAUGACUAUAUGCAAUUAGUUCUGCUUGUUAUUUGUAGAAAACAGUCAAUAUGUUUGCAGCAAGAACGAAUGAGCUCAAGCACAAGAAUUCUUUAAUUUUAAUUGCCAGGUUUUUGCAAGUGGAGAAUGAAGUACGUCAGUUCCUGUUGGGGUGAAUUGAGGGAUAACCCUGUACCCUCUCGGGUACCUCCGUGCUGCGGUGCUGAGGGCUUUCUGGGUAUGGAGGUCUUCGUGCUUCCAAACUGCUGUCUGCUGGCACCAUGCUUGCCACGCCACAUGUGUAAAAUGGGCUCUGAUAUCUUCAGGAAACACUCAUGACUGGCAGCUAGGAUAGAAAAAAGUCAUCUCAAAGCUAUGGAUAGCUUAAAGGCAAAGUCAGCUUUGUGGCUUCUGCUGUCACUGAUUUGCUUGAGGUCCUCUUAGUGUGAUGGAGGAGGAACGUCUUUAAGAUGGGCAAAUCAGUCUGGAAAGAAAUUUACUACAGGAACUCAUUGGAAUUAUUCAGUUUUUUCAAAAUAUGUGCACUUCGCCUGGGUAACUUCCUUUUUCAUAGAAGUAGAGCAUUUUGUGUUACAGUGUUCGGCACUUACUUCCCCAGGUGCAGUCUGAGAUACAGGAGCCAGGUCGGCUGCAGCCAGGGAUGCAUUUGAUGAAGGCAAGGUGUGAAGGUCGAAGGCAAGGUGUGAAGGUUGUACCUAAGCAGGCGGAGGGGUAAGAUGCGCUCCUCUAUCCGAUGGUCAGGCCCCGUGGCUUUCCUCCACCUGUGCCUUUCCAGAACAACAAGAGGGUCGUGUUGGUCCCCUGGGGUGGGACCCUUCUGCAGCUUGGCACACGCCAGGCUGGGGGCUGGGGCCGAGGAGCGCUGCCUCAGCUGGGGGGCAGGCGGAGCCCCUGCCGCUGCCCGCACCGCUGCCCACAUGCUGCCCGUGCCAUGCGCUUGCAGGCAGCACCACGAGAUGGCAUUCCCUCCUCGGCCGGUGCCGUCGGCGAUGCGGGAACAGCCUUGGGUGUUUCUGCUCAAGCGGUGAAGAGGUUUAGGCUCGUUGGCCUGUCUGCCCUGCUGCCCUAACAGCAGGCAGGAGAGCUGCCCUACGACACCCUGGCCGGAUUCUGCCCAGCAGUUGCUGGCCAUCCUCUCAGCUUGUAGCCUGGUGCUCCUGGCACCCUCUCCGGUGCUGGUUUGCAGGUGCGGGCUGUGGGGACAGUAGGUGUGCCCUGAUUGCUCCCAGGGAUGUGUGGCGAGAGCGGGUGGGCAGCCCGUCCCUGUCCCAGCACCCUGAGCCCACUCUCCUGGUGCAGGCGUGCCCUGCGGAGCAUGGCCAGCAGUUGUGUGCUUGGCAGCGUGGUGGGAAGCUGCCGUUGUUGGGCCCAACCCAGGUUAGCAGCACAGUAGUAGCCACCUCUCUUCUGGCAGUUCUGAAUUUCGGAAGUGCUUGCUCAGUCCUGCGGCCUGACACAGUUGGGGAUUUGGGGAUGGUAGGGAUGAGGAUGCUGGAGCCGGUGUUACAUGUGACUGCUGGCAGUGACAGCUGUGCCUGCCCCGUGCCCUUGCUUAGCAGGAGAGGUGAUGCAGGGCAAUGUGCAUUUGCACACUUGGGCAAGGACAGGGCAGUGCUGAAGCCCUUGGGCUGGUGGGAGCCCUUUGGAUGGGGCUGGGAGUCCUGUGCCUCUGGUGCUGGGCAGCAGGGUUCAGAGUUGGGUUACUGCAGGCUGAAAUACCAGCCAGGCUGCGAGCUCUGUUCUGUAGUGCUGUUAACUUUGGUGUCCCCAGGGAAUGGAAACCUUGCAGGGAGGCCGUGGCUGGCUGGAAACACUAUUUUUGUGGCUGUUAGACUCUCUUAGCUGUUACAUCUGCUUAUAGACUAGUAAUGUUAUUUCUUUUACUGUGCAGUAUAGAAAAUUGAGUCUAUUUCUGUUUAAAUACUGGGGUAAUAGAGCCUGCUAUUUAGCGAAAGAUUUAUGUAAAUGGCUCUUUGUUUCACACGAUUGGGCCUUACAGAGUGUAAGUUACAUUGAUAAUGUAAUUAUGCCACUCCUGCCAUUUGAAAGCAGCACAUUGUGGAGAAGCCUCCAAAUUCUGUAUAGAACAGGACUUGAAAACCUUGUGCUUUUUAAAUCAGCUUAUGUUCUGCAGCAAGAAGUAGUAGAGCUGGGUUAUAGAACAGCCUAUUCUGGAAUUGUUGACAUUUUUAGCUUGGAACCUGAGAUUUCUUUUAUAUCAGAAUUUUGAAGCACCUAUUAUUGCACACCAUAAUUGCAUUAUGUAACUGAGUUAGCCUUAGGAUGCAAUUCCCCCACCCUUCCUAAAGCUUCGUAUUUUGUUUUAUGUCAGUCUGGUGGUCAGUAUUUCUUCAGUCUGGCAUUUUAUUAGUGUGGAGGUUACAGUAACUUUGAGUAUUACUUGAGAUCAAUACAUUAUCUUGUGCUUCACAAUUUGGAGUUCAUUAUUCAGUGAAUGUUGAUGACUUUUUGCAAUGGAGAGUAAGGUACUUGUAGCCUUCUGUGUCUGGUUUCUAGCCAGAGGAGUUUUCUAAGUUCCUAACUAGACUAUUAAUCCUUAGAAGUCCUGUUCUUGUGCUUAUGCUUCUUAUAUAGGAUGUUGCCCUACAGGCAACCUGUAUAAUUUUGGCAUAAUUCCUUUUCAAUGGGGGUCUUGGAAUGAGAAUCUCUUUCUUCCAGCCUUGAAGUGAUUCGUCUGUAUGGCCGAAGGAAAAUGAGGCUGCCUUGAGCAGGAACAGGCAGUAGCAAUCGUUUAUCCUUGCUGCACCCCAGCCUGCACCCCAGCCCCUGAGCAGAAGAGCAUGCCCUGCUGCCCGGGUGGACCCACACAGCAGUCUGAAGUGACGUCCUGCCCUUGCAAUCUUACAGCAGCUUUUGCAGGACAGUAAAAUGUUACGUACCAGAGUCUGCAUUCAGUAUCCCAGUGCCAUGGAGAAACACAUCACAGCUGUAGAAACAGUGGAAGAGAAAACAGAAGCCAUGCACUGCAGACAUGCCUGGGAUUCUGUGUGCUGGACAUUGUAUUUGUCUACAGGGAUUAUUUACUGGAGGAGAAUUGCAACAUGCCAGAAUGUAAUUCCUGAAAUUUUAAGAAAGGUCGGUGUCUUAAAAGUGCCCGACAUCUACUUGGAAGAGGAAUCUUGGCUUAAUAUGCGGAAAAGAAAUAUGACUAUGAAAACUCAUUGCCUUACGUGGACACAGUAUGCGUCUCUCAGUGAGGAGUCUGUCUUCAGAGAGAGCUUGGAGAAUCCAAACUGGACAGACUUCACACAAAAAGGCCAAAUAUCAGUCACGGGGGCAGGUUUGCUCAACUGUGUGUUGGAAGCUUUUGCUCAAUCAUUUUUAAAACAGGCUGUGAAGAAGCAGACAGGCAUGGAGGUGCUUCUGGAGAGGAUCUUUUCACAGGGCAAAAUGAAGGCACUGCGCAGGAUGCCUGUCAUCACUUUGAGAAAUAGAGUGCUUCUGGAUGUUUGGAAAAGCUGGCCUACAUUCUUUCUACGGGAUAAAACAGGAUGGCUAGGUAUUUGUCCUGUGUGCCAAAUCUGGGAAUGGGGAUACUCAGGGAAGGUGGGAUUGUGUGCUUCGGUGUGUCAAAGGGUUAGAGGGACUGGAACCUAGAAAGCUGUUUGAACAUUAAUGCCCUGCUCCAAAAUUCUGAAAUAAAAGGGCUGGUUUUU